AUAAGUGGCCAAGUAUACAAAAGUAUUCUCUUAGUUAUUUCUUCUAUAGCCUUAAAUCUUGAUAAGUUUAUCAAUUAAAAGGAUACUAGAUUAUAGUACAUCAUGUGGUACUUAAGAAAGAUUUAUUUUUUAUGUAUUCUUUUGAUAUGGACAUUUGUUAUAGUAACGGGUCAUUCGCAUUCCCAUGCGCAUUCACAUUCGAGUGGAAAUGAACCCCCUGCGUAUAAAUACUCGUCAAGUGCUAACCAAAAAAAUGAAAAUCAAGACAAACUUCCGGAAACCGACUACGAUUUAUAUGUGCGAGCAUUAGGGUCUACUAUUUUUAUAAGUAUAGUUCCCUUCUUUAUUUUGUUUUUCAUUCCAAUUGACGGCAGUGUUGAAAAACAGCCACUGCUAAAGAUAUUGCUGUCCUUCGCCUCCGGGGGACUUCUAGGCGAUGCAUUUCUGCAUUUAAUACCACAUGCGCUAACAUCGCAUGAUGAUGGCCAUGGGCACGGCCAUAGUCACGGUCACCAUGAAGAGGGCCAGCAUGAACCACAUGACAUGACAGUUGGUCUAGGAGUUCUCGGUGGAAUUAUAACAUUCCUUGUUGUUGAAAAAACGGUGCGUCUAUUCAGUGGAGGCCAUGGACAUUCUCAUAGCACAGACAAGAAAAAAGAUGAUAAUAAAUCAAAGAAAUCAAAUAAACCUAAAAAGGAAGAAAUUAAAAUAGCUGGAUACCUUAACCUAGCAGCUGAUUUUACCCACAAUUUUACAGAUGGAUUGGCAAUUGGAGCUUCCUUUAUAGCUGGACAAAGUAUAGGUUACAUUACAACUAUAACUAUAUUGUUACAUGAAAUUCCCCAUGAGAUUGGGGACUUUGCAAUCCUUGUACAAUCUGGUUGCUCUAGAAGAAAAGCUAUGAUGUUACAAUUGUUAACAGCUUUUGGAGCUAUAUCUGGGACUGUUAUUUCUAUCUAUCUCAAGGGCUCUAGUGAUGGUCUUGUUUCAUCACUUAUUUUACCAUUCACUGCUGGAGGAUUUAUAUAUAUUGCAACUGUAUCUGUAAUACCAGAAUUACUGGAAGGGUCAAAUAACAAGUUUUCACAAUCGGUCAAAGAGAUAUUGGCUCUUCUUGCUGGUGUGUAUAUGAUGGUUUUAAUAGCACAAUAUGAAUAGAAAUAUAUGUGUAAAUACAAAUAAUUGUAUUUGUAAAUUCAAUUGCUUACAUAAAACAUCACAAAAUUAUUUUUUUUAAUUCUUUUAAAUUAAGGAAAUA